CGUAUUUUUUUGACUGGAAAUAAUGAACGCAGUAUCGUUGUCCACACAAAUACUUUCCCUUUCUCUUUCUUGAUGAAUCUUGAUUGAUCAUCUUCCGCCUCCGUACCUCGUGUCGGCCCUCGCGGAGUUCCGCGUGGAGCACCGCAUGGGCUCCGGCGAGGACACCCCAGGAGUAACCGGUGGAGGAGUCGGCGGGAUAGUCCGGGGUGCGGCGCUGAAGGCACUCGUCGUCUUCGGCGGCGUUAUUCUGAUCCGGCGGCUGCGCCGCUCCACCACCCGAUGGGACCACGCCCGGACCGUCGCCGACGCCCUCUCCGGUGAAAAGUUCUCGAGGGAGCAAGCGAGGCAGGAUCCUGGAAACUAUUUCAACCUUAGAAUGCUCACUUGCCCUGCAACUGAGAUGGUGGAUGGUUCUGGAGUGCUCUACUUUGAGCAAGCAUUUUGGAGAGCUCCAGAAAAACCUUUCCGACAAAGAUUCUACAUGGUAAAGCCAUGUCCAAAGGAGAUGAAAUGUGACGUUGAGGAUUACCACGGCCGCCGGGUGGUUGCUCACAACGCGCUGUUGAGUCUGCACAGGGAGGCGGAGGACCAGUUGGUCGAUCUUCGGGACCGUCUGGCCCGAGCCGGUCAGGAGCGGGAUGCCCUUCAAGAGGAGGGUAGCCGGCUUCGGCAGGAGGUGGAGCUUCUCCAAGCGGAGAAGAGGGACUGCAAGGCGGCCCAUCACGCGGAGUUGGAGCGGCGGGACGCUGUCCAUCGCGAUGCCAUGUCAGAGAAGGUAGCGGCCCACAACGCGGAUCUGAAGCGGCUGGUCGGGGUCCAUAACGGGGAGCUAGAGCAUCGGGACGCGUCCCACGCUGCGACCUUGAAGGACAAGGACGCCCGACUGGCAGAGGAGGUCGAGGCGGCGUGAGCUGAGCUCGCCAGCCAGGUCCAGACGUAUGCAACCCGGGAUCGUGAGCUGAAGGAGGAGGCUAGCGAAGUCCACAUUCACCUCGACAGUGGGUCUUCCUUGGCUUGUUUUGCUUUUCCGGUGUCGAUUCGAACUGUUCUUCCUUCUUCUUACGUCGCACGCCUGGUUUUGCUCCCCAGAUCUCUUCUCGGGAACGCGGGAGGCGACGGAUGCGGCCAUCGAGGCCCACCGCGAGGAGCGGCGGGCCGCGGGCGUCCAGGUUGAGGCGGAUGCCAGUUGGACCGUGGACGAGGUGGGGAUCGCCGCCAAGGCUCGCCUGCGGGAGCUGGCACGAUCCGUGGCCUGUCUCCAGGAGGCCGUGCUGGCCGUGGUUCACGCCCUUUGGCCGGAUGCGGUGGAGCCGACUUCCAUGAGCCGGCUAUCGCGGUGGCUCGAGGCGAGGAGCGCUCGGGUGAGCGCCUAGCGCGCGUCGGCGGCGCAAGCCGGAGCGUACAUGGCGCUUCGGGUUGCCAAGUCGUGGUACGUGGACCUCGAGUUGGGCCUUCUCGUGGCGCAGUGUGCCGGACAUGAGGCGGAGCUGGCCGCAGUUGAGGAUGAGCUGCUCGUGCGGGCCAGCGAUCUUGCAUCGUUUGCCCCGUGGGACGAAUACGCCUUUGAGCGGAGGGCCGACGGCAGCCUGGUUCUGGAGGGCCGAUGGCAGCGCCGGCAAGACGGAUCUUGAAGAUGCCGACUCCAGCGGUGAAGCUUAUGCUGACACGGCCGCGAAGGCUGAUGCGGGAGGUGCCCGAUCGGAUGACGGAGCGUCCACCUCCACUGCCAUGGGUGAUGCCGGUGCCAAGGGUGGAGCCGCCACCAGCUAGAACUUUUCCUUUUUCCUGCAUUUGUAGUUAAUUCGCAGUUCCACCCACUGGGGAUGUGGUGUAAUGAACCUUGGCUGUGGGCCUUUGGUACUUCUGUGUAAUAUAUGCAUGUUUCUAAUGCUUGCUCGAAAGAAAUAAUGCUUGCCGACUCGUUUUCGAUC